UCAUGUUAUUGUGUUAAUAUUCAUGUUAUAUUAAUGAUCAGACAGACAGGUGAAACAAACAAACCUGUCUGUCUGCUCAGUUAUCUGGAUCAAUCAUCAUCUUUUUGGACUUUUCUUUGUAUUAUCUCUUGAAGUGACGUCACAGUCAAAGUAAAGUUUGACGUCACACCUCCUGGUGUCAUGUUUCCCUGUCUCCCUGAACAAACUCACCUGAGUCUGAGGACGGAGAUGGAGGUUUCUGCCUCCAGGUUCCGCAUCGACUGUCUGCUCUCCGUCAGGCCGCCCGGCGCGCUCCUCCCCCGGGUAGACCCUCCGGACUUCAGCCCGGGAGGCAGCAGCGGCUGCUCGGCGCCUCCUCCGGAGCAGAGAGAGCGUGUUCCCCGGCUGGAGUCCGCUCUGCUGCCCGCUCACCUGCAGCAGCUCCAGCCCCGCACCGCCAGCUCCUCUUUCUUGAUCCGGGAUAUCUUAGCGGACUGUCGGUCUUACUCUGACCCGGGACAACCCGAGCUGGAACCCGAACCUUUCCAGUCCGGACAGGAAGAAGACUAUCAGGAUAAAACCCCAGAGUCCAGAGGUGAGGGCGUGGCCUCGGCUCCCCUGAAGCCUCGUAAAGCUCGCACUGCGUUCAGCCAGCAGCAGCUGUGGAGGCUGGAGCGAAGCUUCCAGCAGAACAAGUAUCUGAACGUCCAGGACCGGCUGCAGCUCGCCGCCUCUCUGCAGCUCAGCGACACUCAGGUUAAGACCUGGUACCAGAACCGCAGGACGAAGUGGAAGCGCCAGUCUUCAGUCGGUCUGGACCCGCUGGCUGAAGCCGGCAGGAUAUUCCUGCCCACGCACUUCCUGUACCCUCCUGCCCUGCCCACACUGGACCUCUACCUGUACACAGGCCACGCCCACCACCACCAAGCCCCACCUCUGCUGCCCCGCCUCCUGACGCACGGCGAACUACGCCCACACUGACACGUGACGAAGAUCGUUAACUUUGGACACGUGAUUGGUCGAGCAGAUGUGAUGUCACCUGUGAUGUCUCUGAUGUCCUUAAAAAACAGGAAGUGAUGUCAUCAAACUGAACUCUGUCGAGUUUGUUUUUAAGUUUUUUUAAAUUUUCAAUAAAUCUGAAAAAAAAGUUUGUUUGCUGGGUCUUCAAGACAGUUUUAUGAGUCUGACAGUAAGACUCAGACACAACCUGCAGUUCCUCUAACGUCCACCUGAGGCUGGCUCCAGAAGUGAGUCAGUCUCCAUAAGUCCCCAUGUC